AUGCGAAGUGUCAAAUGCGUCUGACAGGUGAAGUAAAUAAAUAAUCCUGAAAAAGGGUCAUCAUAUGUACCCGGUUGGCUACAGUGAGUGGUGAUAUUUUCCGGCUGGACGCCACUUCCAGAUUACUGUGCGCAAUUGCAAGAAAUGAUUUCGUUUUCGUCAUUAUUUCUCUAACAAUCCUGCUCACUUUCAGAUGCGUGUGAAAAAAAGGUUGGUGUGCCUGGGCUAAUUGUUUUGUUUCGCUUCAAACACUAUCCUACUACGGACAAAAGCCAAGUGAGGUGUUUGUGAGGAAAGAUUUUCCCACAUGCACCAUCGUCACAAUCCUCACCCAAACCUAGUCUGAAGAAUCGUCCUACGUCAUCGUCCUUUUGCAUUGAGUUUUGCACCUGAUUGAGCAAUGAUGUAAAUGAGCGAAAGCAUGUCCAACCUACUGCGGGCCUGCGAUGUAACAGCGAAAAAUGUAUGUGUACCGUGUUUCAGGAUGAGUGCACCAAGUCAAAAAAUAGCGGCUCAACACAGCGUUGAGAACAACGAUGAUGGUGGUGCAUGAAGCAACUUACCGCGUAACCGUUAACACACCUGUAAGAUGUCAGUAGAAUACGAUAGAAACAAAACGAAAAUGUCCUGCUGCGGCAUGCCGCCGUCAUCGUUUCAGCUGGCUGCUAGAUACGUAUCAACACCAUCUGCUGCAUCAUAUGUAUAAAUCAAGGGCACAUCUUGCGAGUGGACAGGCCGUUUGGUGGCUAAAAAUAAACAACAAUGCACGGAGAACAUCGUUACUGUACCCGAGGUGGUCGUUGUUGCCGCUGUCGUAGCUAUGAACGUAAGCUCGUGGUUAGUUCCCAGUUGCAGUUGAACCCGAUCGCUGCAGCUUCUUUAGCGUCCUACGUUCGGACGGCAUGUUUACUGUCUUAUAUAACGACAGCGAGUGCAGUGAUACAAACAACAGUGUCGAGCGAUCCUAUUCGGUCUCCAGUUUAAGGUACCUUGUAAAACUUAAAAAGAAAAGCACAUAAUGGAUAAAUCGGUGCCCGAAACAAGCCGUUCAAAACCUCCCGCUGGUAGCGCAACAAACAUGACCAACAACGUUAGCACCAGCGGAAAGAACAAACGACCGUUUCUUGGUUUGCUUUCGAAGCGUUCGUCACGUGUUGAGCCGCAACGAUGUUCGGAAAGUGAAGACGAGAACCAAACGAUUGACAGUGGAUCGAGUUUAAGUUUGCUCGGCAAUCAUCAUACUAUUCCGCCACAGCAGGCAACGAAAGCAAGUAACAACAGCGGUGGUAACAGUAACGGUGGUUUAGUAACCACUACGACUACAUCCACUAGCAGCACCAGUCAGCGGCAAGAUUCGUCCAAUCCAAGCGAUACCAACUCAUACCAGUUGCUCUCUACGUCAUCAACGACGACAACGACUACCACCACCUCGUCCACGGGUCUGGAAGGUUCAACGGCGACGAAAAUUCCGACUGCAGUACGAAAACGAGACAAUUCCUCUACCCGUAUCUCGCUUGGCAAUCGUUUGAGCAGCUACGUUUCGGGAGGGAACACAUCUACUGCUGGCGGUGGUGGACAGUUCAAUCUAUGCUGCUCGAUCGACGAGGCAAUUGUGAAGUCACCGCCGCGGAAUCGCUACUCGCACCCAGCUACGGGCAGUUCUAGUGCUGGUAGCGAUUCGUACGAUCUUGAGAUGCAACAGCGUCGGCAACAGCUGAAGCUGGAAUUAACUGCAAAAUCGAGCACCAGCUAUCCGAUAGAGAAAUCAAGCCCACUGCGCCACCGUCGACCGCUGGAGGUUGGACCGCGAGUUGAAACGCCCCAGGAAGAAUACGACGUUAAUGGACGUACCCCUAAAGCAACCGUAUCACUCGUGAACAAUCGCGUGGUAACAAAGCCGAUCGUUUUCCGUGAAUACCAGAACCAUACGCAACGUGCAAUUAUGUCAAGCAAGUCACGGUUCAAAGAACGAUUCUUACCGCCACUGCAUCGUUGCAAUAUGGACGGCUACGAAAAGAUGGAACAGCACUAUAGUUCUCCGAAUAUUGCAGAAAAGGAGGAUGAUUUACUACUCCCCGGUGGAUGCGAUACGCUGGAUCAGCGCGAAUCUCGCAAAUCAAUGUCGUUCGACAUGGUAACGACUUCAUCCGGUGCAGUCGGGAUUGGAAGCGGUAUGGACGAGUCGGAAGCGAAUGCAAAAGCACCACCUGGAUCGGCCGAUUCGCUCGCUCGUCAAGCACUUAUGGCAGCACACGUGCUCAACUUAAUUCCGGCAGAAAAGGCACGCCAGCGAAACUUCUUACAUGGACGUCUCGGUUCGACUUCGCUGUUGGGAGCGACCGAGCUGGACAAAAUACUUCCAACACGGGAAGUUACCAUCUUUAUCGGCACGUGGAACAUGAACGGUCAGAGCCCACCGCGACAGAUGAAUGACUUUGUGCUCCCGACAGCACUCGAGCAUGUACCAGAUAUUAUUGUGUUCGGCACACAGGAGUCCUGCUCGGAACGGUUCGAGUGGGAAGUAACGCUACAAGAGACGUUGGGCCCCACGCACAUACUGUUACAUUCCACCAGCCUCGGUACGCUACAUUUGGCCGCCUUUAUCCGGCGAGACUUGAUAUGGUUUUGCUCGGAGCCGGAAGAUGCCUGCCUUUCGGUACGGCCCGGUACAGCCUUUCGCACUAAAGGUGCGGUCGCGAUCUCGUUUUGCCUGUUUGGCACCUCGUUCCUGUUCGUCACGUCACACUUGACGGCUCACCAGCAGAAAGUGAAAGAACGCGUAUCGGACGUUAAAAAGAUCAUACACGCACUCGAUCUUCCGCGCAACCUGACGGUGAAACACCGGAACAAGGACGUUACGCAAAAUUUUGAUAGCGUGUAUUGGUGUGGGGAUCUAAACUUUCGUCUGAGUGAACCGAGAGAGAAGCUGAUGCAGUGGAUCGAAACGACACAAUUCCCGCUACCGGCUCAUUUGCCGCACGGGUUUAUGCAUACGGAUCAGCUGACUUCAGUGCUAUCGGAUGGAGCUGCCUUUCGUGGGUUCCGAGAAGCCAAAAUUACCUUCCCGCCAACGUAUAAGUACGAUCCCGGUACACAGCGUUUCGAUUCCUCUAGUAAACAACGUGCUCCCGCGUACACCGAUCGGAUAUUGUACAAAUUUAAACCAUUACCAGUAACUACCGUUCAUCGGCGUAGCUCAAAUUUACCUCCUGGAGGUAAAAUUUCACACCCUCCCUCGCCGGUAAAAUGUCUGGCAUAUGAUUCCGUGCAGAGCAUAACAUCAUCCGAUCAUAAGCCGGUAUGGGCACUGUUCCGGAAUAUUAUCCGGCCUGGUAUUGAUACCGUACCACUCGCAGCCGGACUGUUCAAUCGAGAGGUUUAUCUGGAAGGAAUGAAACGCCGUUUGGACAAUUCUGGAGCUGGUUCAUCAGCCGUGUGCAAUAUACAAUGACGCCGGUUAUUCGACCGUUAAGGUAAGAAGUGUCACACAACAUAUAGAAUGGCUGAAGCUAGCUGAGACACCAAUAGCCCGAAAGGUACUGAUAUAGGUAAUGCGAUCAAGCAGGGAAUUUAAAUGGAGCAAUGAAUUGAUCAAACCAUGCGAUUUGACAAUGGUGCAACGCUGGAGCUUAAUAUUGAUAAGAUACAACACUUUCCCCUACAGAAGUGCGCUAGGAAUUAAGUAGCGGUGGAACCUAAACCCCCAAAAAUCUGGUAUAUGGUAUAUUAACCAUUGAGACGAAUAGUAUGACUGUGCAAGGGCAGUUAGACAUACUAUAUGGAGUCUCCUGUAUUCCUUCACCAACCAUAUACGGUGCAAACCAAGGUCAGUUUUACCUGACGAAAAGUGUUAGGUAGUUACUUUGAAUAGUUUCCUUACUCAACGGAAAGCCUUAAGUGUUCCUUCUUCAUCUACUCUAGUCAGCGGUGCGCGGUUUACUGAAAGCGAUCGCCAUAUUUCUAGUCAUUUAAUACACACUUACUCUACAUGGUAAGGCCGGUUUAGCGCCAGGAAUGGAUAAUUGUAUUGUUAAAGUACUGGCUUUAGUAUCUUCAGAUUAGAUACCAAAAAUUGAAACAAGUGUUUAGCACGAGUGUGAAUCUGUAUUCAUAGAAGCAUUACUGUAAUGCAAUUGAAAACCAAAAACUAGAAUAGCAUAGAAACGUGAGGCAGAGUACUUGUGGAUGACACAAAUGAUCCUACUGCUAUGAUAAAGCAUACAAGAAAAGAUUGCCAUUGACUUCAGGCGAGUAAAAAGACAAAAGAAACCUGUAGCCUUUCUCUAUUGAUUAGAUUUACUAGAAAAGUGUAUACAAUAUAGAUAUAUAUAUAUAGUAGGGAAGGUGUCUGUGUAUGUAUAGGACUCUGUAUGAGUAUCUUGUGUUCCGAUAGAUGUAAACCUGUGGCGGAUAUACGAAAAUGUAAUCGUUCCUUACGAUAGUGCUUAUGGCAGUAUAAGACGGUGAUCGUACAUCUUUCGGUUUUGCUUGUGGAAAGGAAAGAAGGGAAGAUAAAAUUUUACAAACAUAUCUAAAGCACUAGAUAAUGUCAAUUUACAUUAAGAAAAGCUUUUCUUGUGAGCCGCCACAGACGUUUCUGUGGUGUGUAAAAGAUAUAGUCAUGAUACUAUUUUAAUUUGCUGAUAAAAAUUGCGAUUUUAAAAAUCUGAUAUAUUAAUAUUUAUCAACGUAAUUGUGGAUACGAUGGAGUUGGCAUAUGCUAUUUAUUAUAUAUUAGUUAUAUUACUUGCUGCUAAGUGCUGUUCGUAAAAUUUUAAAUAUUUUUAUUUUCUUUAUUUAUUUCAUAAUUUAAAAUCUUUAUCCUAAUGUUUGGUUUUUUCAUGUUGAAAAAUAUCUCGAGUUAAUUCGGUCGAAAUCCUUCACAACUCAGCAGUCGUGGUUUGGAUGUCAGUAACUUUAAUUAACGACAAUGUCUGGACAAACGGGAUCUGGUAGUGUGAUAGUUAGAAGAACAUUAGUGUAACGCUCAUGUGUAGGUAAUCAGUGCACACAUAUCUACCGGUAGCCGAUGUGCUGCUGUUCGCCGAUAGUGUAUUCUAAAUACCAGUAGCAAUUUUGUUCGACCCGAGCAACAGUCCAACUAUUUCGAUGGUUAAGAAGCGAAGCAAACAUCUAUCUAACUUACAUCUGUGCCUUUUGCUGUUUUACAAAUAACACAAGUUGUUGUUCUAAAUCUAUUGGGCAGAAGGACCACUAAGAAACUGUAUGUUAGACUCUUUACGUAUGAACGAGGGAAUUUAUGAUCUCGAUAACUUCAACUCAUGUCCCGCAUAGUUGACCGUUUGUUCUACUUAGUAAAAAUCACCACUUUUGAAGUUUACUCCAUAACACGCAAUAUUCCAUAAUUUCAGUUCCACUAAUGAUGCAUGCAUUCCUACAUACAUUCUCCAGUUAAAGAUAUCCCUGAAUUUGAGCGAUCGAAUACUACGCAAUCGGAAGUGAUUAGUUUAAGAUGGUUCGUGUUUUAAUCGCAGCUUUAGAUUACCCGGUUUUAGAAAGUUUAGUUUUUAUGUAAGCUAAAAAGCAAAGGAUUAUAGCAAUUCUAUUGGAAAGCGAAGAAGCAACUCUAAUGCAACUACUUUAAGUUGGAAUGUGUAUAAGGAUCGAAAAUUAAGAAAUGUAAAUUCAUUCAUUCCCUCAUGCUGUUAGCCUUAGUCUUAGACAUGUGGACGACAAUGAACGGGACAUCAACCAAUAUACGACGUCAGCAGAUAGGUUAACUGCUUAUCAAAAAGGCUACACAAUAUAACUCAAAUGAGAACUGUAUCGACAUCUUCCAAAUGCGUUAUUUUAUAGGCAUGUAUAACACGUAACAUAAUAGACAAAAGAAAAGAAAAAAGGUCAGAAAACAUUUUUAUAGCAUCUAAGCAACUAUAAUCAUGGAACACUUUUCUUAACACACAGAUCUUAACGCCAUUCUAGAGGUAACACUAUUGCUCUCUAGAACAAUUAGAAGAAAUAUCGUAUCCUAACAGAACCACAGAUUUUGCUCAUCUAGGCCAGUAAUGAUUGUAAAGAGAAUAAAACCAUACCACGAAUCGGUGAUGAUGCUGAUUUCUUUUACCAUUUUCA